AUGAAUGAUCAAGAAUUAGCAGCUGAUUUUAAUGGUGAUGAACAAACUGAUGAUAUGGUUGAUGAUAGUGUUAGUGAUAAAGAAUUAGUUAGUUUAUUAGAGGAAAAAUAUAGAUUUGUCAAUGACAAUAGUUCUAAGAGAUAUCGUAUUGAAAGCGAUGGAAAAGUUUAUCCAGUUUUCCCAGAUUCGAAAAAGGAUCGUCAACUCGCUUGGGCAUUUCGAAGCUAUGCAGUUCGUCGAAUAAUAGGCGGUAUGGAAACUUGCAUCAACCUGUAUCCGUACAACGUCGCUAUAUCCAGAACUGGGAAGCAUUGGUGUGGGGGUUCCAUUAUUGACGAACAGUGGAUAUUGACUGCUGGGCAUUGUUUUGAAUCGGCUCAUGAUGGUGAUAAGCGGAAACUUGUUCCAUUUAUCGUGAGGGCAGGGAGCUCGUUCCACAACCGCGGCGGAUAUCAAGCUAGAGUGAAUAAGGUUUUCUUUCCAAUCGGCUACUCGCCUGGUAAUGCAGACUUCGACUAUUCGUUGCUGCGGCUCGACAGGCCUCUUCCUAUUGGACGAAACAUAGCCGUCCUCAACUUACCAGCUAAGGAUUUCGCGAUCGAACCUGAUGACAUUCUGAUCGUUACUGGAUGGGGAAGCACGCAUGAAACCGGCUACGGUCAUAUACCAGAAAGGUUGCGCUUCGUUCCGGUACCGAUAAUGAAGCUACAGGAGUGCCAGGAGGCUUACCGCUUUUACAUCACCCCGAGGAUGCUGUGUGCAGGAUACGCGACUGGUGGAAAAGAUGCAUGUAACCAUGACUCCGGUGGUCCAGCAGUGAGAGACGGCGUUCUUAUUGGAAUAGUUUCAUUUGGUGGUAAAAAAUGCGGUGACCCUCGAUCCCCUGGUGUCUACAGUCGCGUCGCUGAGAUCACCGAAUGGGUGGAAGCGACCAUAUCUGAUAACGAAGCGUAUACCGUCCCGGAGCUAAAGACGAAGAUUGAAAAAGCAAGACAGAGAGAAAGAGAAUUAAAAAAAUUCAAGGCGCGUGUUGAAGAAAAGAAAAAUAAGAUAAAGAAUUGGAUCCGCGAAACGCUGAAAUCUCCAACAUUCCUUCAACUGGCUAAAAAGAAACUCGCCGAAGCCGGUUUCAGUGUCCGAAGGAACUUUCAGCGAAUACAGGAUGAACCGGAAGUACUGGAUGAAAGAAAUAUGGAUGAAAUUAAUUUGUCAAAUCUUAUAAACGAAUCGAUUUUGGAAGAUGAAAAUGAAAACGAAUCAGAAUUACUUCUGAGAACAUUGGCGAUGCAGGAAAUUAUAUUAAACGGGAACAGUGAGGAACGACUGGUUUCCAAAGACAGUAUUGAAGAAGUUGAAGCUCUAGUUGCGUAUCUAACGAAAAUAUAA